CACAUACCGAGCCGCUUAUAGUACACAAGGAACUCGUGCAGGUCAGGAUCUUUUUGACUUUACAAACAGCGAACGACUCUCAUUGUUUGAGAACCUUCACUUCAUUGCUUUUGACAGACUUUACUUGUUUUAGUUUGUAAAUAGAGAUCAGUGAUCGCCAACAAUAGCGCUGCGAUUCACGAGAUGAUUUAAGAACACAGCUAGCGAAAGGCCUGUCUAUAGAAAUGCUUGACACAUGAAAACAAUGAUUCCAUACACAAACAGACACACAGUGAAGCUCCAAACACACAGAGCGAUGAUCCACUCAUGUUGCAUUUUUUAGGAUACGCGUUUCCUUCAAUUGUACCGGCAAACCUUGACAGCAUGAAGUCAGAUAUUCCUUACGGAAAGAUGGUUGAUGUGGAGUCAAGGAAAGGAGAAGCACAAUACAACUCACAAAAGUAUUACAGGUGCUUGAUCAUCCUUACCUGUCUAACCACAGUGCUGUUGAUACUUCUGUCCCUCCAAACGCUGCUUGUUCCUAUGGCAACAACCUCCUCCAAAUCACAUGAACGUCCUCUGAUCAGAGAAACCUGCACUGAUCCCUGCAGGAUUGUUUUGUUGGAGAGUAUUCCAGAGGGACUUGUUUUUAACUCCUCGACCACUCACCAAUCCAUAUAUGAAGCUUGGCUCAAUCUCAUAUCUGCUGCUCAAAGCAGCCUUGAUAUCGCUUCCUUCUAUUGGACUCUUACCAACAGAGACACACAAACACAUGAGCCCACGGCCAAUCAGGGCGAGCAGAUUCUGCAGGAAUUAGGACGGCUCUCUGGGAAAGUAUCUGUUCGAGUUGCGGUCGAUACACCAUCGGAAACGAAACCUCUAGAUGACAUUUUGUUCCUCAUGAACUCGGGUGCUGAUGUGCGGAUGGUGAAUAUGCGAGGGCUGACUACAGGUGUUCUGCACACCAAAUUCUGGAUUGUGGAUAAAAAGCACAUCUACAUAGGCAGUGCCAAUAUGGACUGGAGAUCACUAACACAGGUAAAGGAGUUGGGUGCGGUUGUGUAUGACUGCGGAUGUCUCGCUGAGGACCUUGGGAAGAUUUUCGAAGCCUAUUGGUACCUGAAUCAGACCAAGACAGUUCCCGCCCACUGGCCCAGCAAAUACUCCACCCUGUACAACAAGGACACGCCCAUGCAGAUGUUACUCAAUGGGACUUACUCCAGUGUCUAUCUAUCAAGCUCUCCUCCAUCAUUAUGUGCUGAGGGAAGAACUCCAGAUCUGCAGUCUAUCCUCAGUGUGAUCGGUGACGCUCAACAGUUUGUAUACAUUGCCGUAAUGAACUAUCUUCCUACAAUGGAGUACUCCAAAUCUAAAAGGUACUGGACAGAUAUUGACACCCAACUGCGGCGUGUGGCUUACGAGCGUAAGAUUCGUGUGCGUCUGCUGAUCAGUUGCUGGGAAAGCACAAAUCCAAUCAUGUUCCCUUUCCUUCGCUCACUCGCUUCCUUAAGAGAAAACAACAAGCUGGAUGUUCAGGUGAAAAUUUUUACUGUCCCGUCCAACCCGCGACAGAAGGGAAUUCCAUAUGCCAGAGUCAACCAUAACAAGUACAUGGUCACAGACCGGGUUGCUUAUAUAGGUACCUCUAAUUGGUCAGGUGACUACUUUGUGAACACCGCUGGCUCUGCAUUAUUGGUAAACCAGACUUCAGCCCAGACAACAAGCCCUACAGUACAGGAACAGCUACAGGCAGUAUUUGAGAGAGACUGGGACUCUUCAUACAGCAGAGAAAUCAACCACAAUACCAAUCACAAAGAUGUUUGUUAGUUUUGGUAUUUGCCUUGCACUCUUGCCUUUGUGCUGUGCAAAUCAUUACUGAAUACUGCUCCAUUGUUCUGGGGUCUAAACGCACAGGUACAUAGAACAGGGAUAUCAUUUUUUCAUUGAUAACUAUUUGUAUCGUCUCCUCAGAGGAAUUACGCUUCCAUUUGUACUUUAUGCCUGUUGAAUUUACAUACAUUUGCACAUUGUGAUUUGCACGAUUCUUAACUGACAUUUAUAUUUACAUUUAUGCAUUUGGCAGACGCUUUAAGCGACAUGCAUUGCAUUAUCCUAUACAUGUUGUUUCUAAGUAUGUGCAAUAACCUGGGAUCGAACCCACGACCUUGGUGUUAACACCAUGCUCUUACCACUGAGCUACAGGAAAGCAUGCCAUACCUCUUCACAGAAACACUUUUCCUAAGUAUUUCAUCCUAAGCCUCAUCUUAAACAUCAUUCAGAAUGUUAUCUUUGAUUUCAAAUAGUGUUGAUUGCAGGUUUCUUUUUUGUAUUUAAUGAUUUCUUUAUGCUGCCUUGCAUCUGUGAAAGGGAUAAGUUAGCCAAAAAUGAAAUUUCUAUCAUCAUUUACUCACUUAUUUUUUCCAUUUUGUUCACCACCCGUAAAAGAUGUUAUAGGGACUGUCUGCCUCAGUCACCCUUGCUUUAUUGUAAGUAAACAGAGACGACGAAACUGAGCAGUGAUGUAGGCUUUUGGUCUCUUAACAUUCUGCCUUCUGUGUUUUAAGGAAGAAGGUCAUGAAGUUUUUCUUUACUUUAGGAUGUGUAAAUGAUGGCAGAAUUUUUAUUUUUAGGCGAGUUAUUUGUAGUUAUCUCAACAGUUUUUUAUUUGAAAUAUUAUUCAUGCCUGUGUUUAGUCAUGAACAUCACCAAGUAGGCUACAUAACAUUUUAAAGCCAUUUUAUGUUACAUUACCACUAUUGCACAGCCAGUGGCAACAAGUACACACUGCUGAUUUAGCUGCACAUGAAUUUCGACGCCAGGGAAUUUUAUAAUGUGUGAUGAGGAUGAAUAAUAAAUUCAUGAGGGAUCUGCAUGUUUUAACUUGUAUCUCAAAUCUCACAUGUUGUGCAUUAUAUUGUCCUGCUGUGGAACAUUUGUACAUUAAGGGGGCAUUUAAACCUAGAUUCUUUUUAGUUUGUGUUGUUUGAAUUGAUAAACUGCUGCACGUUUUGAAUAAACAAGGACUACUAUAGGCUA